GCGGGAAACCCAGGAGCUCACAGAGGACGCUGCACUGAGGUGGGCAGCGCGGUAGGGACCUCGGGAGACUGACCGGCGCCUGGGACUCCGGGCUGGGACACCAGGCUUGGACACCAUGAACCCUGACCGGGGCCCACAGGAGCGCCCUGAGGGAGAAGCUGGGGGGACGGGGUGGACGUCUCAGGCCAAAGAAGCUUUGAAAGACACUUCCCUCUACUUCUCCAGGGAGGAGUGGGCAGAGAUGGGAGACUGGGAGAAAGGCCAGUACCAGAACGUGAAGAGGAACUUAGACGUGCUCACCAGCCCAGGUUUCAGGCCCCCUCGACCAGCUUUCAUGUGUCACCGCCACAGGCAGGCCACCCAGCUCCAGGAGAGGGACCCUGAGGACUCCGUUGAAGAACGGGCUCCGAGGCAGCAAGUGAUACCUUGUGUGGCCUUCAGAAAGGAACAGAGUAAACACCAGACGGCAACAUCCAGGAUACCAUUAAGAAAUGAAUAUAAUUUGAAGGAAUUGUCAGGAAUAGCGAAUUUGAUGACUGCAAGUGACUCAGAGCAUGCCCAGAAACCAGUGUCCCCUCUUGGAGAAGCAUGUGCCUUUGCAAAGCGCACUAGACGAAAAUCAGAACUCAGGACAAAGGAGAUGGACGUAAAGAUGUACAACCUACGAGAAAGAAAGGGCCGUGUGUACCAAGAGGUCACCGAGCCCCAGGAUGAUGACUACCUUUAUUGUGAGAGGUGUCAGAACUUCUUCAUCAACAGCUGUGCUGUGCAUGGGCCCCCUACAUUUGUAAAGGACAGUGCAGUGGACAAGGGGCAUCCCCACCGCUCAGCCCUCACCCUGCCCCCUGGGUUGAGAAUCGGGCCAUCAGGCAUCCCUGAGGCUGGGCUUGGAGUGUGGAAUGAGGCAGCUGACUUGCCAGUGGGUCUGCACUUUGGCCCUUAUGAAGGACACAUCACAGAAGAUGAAGAGGCAGCCAAGAGCAGAUACUCCUGGCUGAUCGCCAAAGGGAGAAACUGCUAUGAGUAUGUGGAUGGAAAGGACAGGUCCUGGGCCAACUGGAUGAGGUAUGUGAACUGUGCCCGGCAUGAUGGAGAGCAGAACCUGGUGGCCUUUCAAUACCACAGGCAGAUUUUCUACCGAACCCGCCGGGUCAUCAGGCCAGGCUGUGAGCUGCUGGUCUGGUGCGGGGAUGAGUAUGGCCAGGAGCUGGGCAGCAAGUGGGGCAGCAAGUGGAAGAGAGAGCUCGCAGCUUGGAGAGAACCAAAGCCAGAGAUUCACCCAUGCCCCUCCUGCUCUUUGGCCUUCUCCAGUCAGAAGUUCCUCAGCCAACAUGUGAAACUCAGUCAUCCCUCUCAGAUUCUCCCGGGAACAUCUGCCAGAAAACACCUUCAAGCAGAGGAACCCUGUCCAGAGGAUCAGAAUCAGCAGCACCAGCAUACUCAUACACACAGCUGGAAUGAUAAAACUGAAGGUCCAGAGAUCAAAGAAAGGUCCAAACCUUUGCUUAAAAGGAUCAGUCAGAGGAGAAUCUCAAGACCCUUUUCCCAAACUUUCAAAGAACAAAUGAGGAACUCUAGUGAGCAUCAGAGAAUGAUGGAGGAAGAGCCCAACAGAUGCCAGAAAGAGAGUCCAGAGGACACAGGCAAGGUAUUUGCAAAACUAGGAAUGUCAAGAAUUGUAACGAUCAAGUAUGGAGGGUUUGGGCAAGGCUUCAGUGAUGGGUCACAUCUCACCACACAGCAGAGGACACACUCUGGGGAGAAGCCCUAUAUUUGUAGGGAAUGUGGGCAAGGCUUUACACGGAAGUCACAUCUCAUCACACACCAGAGGAUACACUCUGGGGAGAAGCCCUAUGUUUGCAGAGAGUGUAGGAGAGGCUUUACACGCAAGUCAUGUCUCACCGGACACCAGAGGAUACACUCUGGGGAGAAGCCCUAUGUUUGCAAGGAAUGUGGGCGAAGCUUUGCACAGAAGUCAGUUCUCAUCACACACCAGAGGACACACUCUGGGGAGAAGCCCUAUGUUUGCAGGGAAUGCGGGCGAAGCUUUGCACUGAAGUCAUAUCUCAUCAGACACCAGAGGACACACUCUGGGGAAAAGCCCUAUGUUUGCAGGAAAUGUGGGCGAUGCUUUACACAGAAAUCAAGUCUCAUCACACACCAGAGGAUACACUCUGGGGAGAAGCCCUAUAUUUGCAGGGAGUGUGGGCGAGGCUUUACACAGAAGUCACAUCUCAUCACACAUCAGAGGACACACUCUGGGGAGAAGCCCUAUGUUUGCAGAGAGUGUGGGCAAGGCUUUACAAGCAAGUCAAGUCUCAUCACACACCAGAGGACACACUCAGGGGAGAAGCCGUAUGUUUGCAGAGAGUGUGGGCAAGGAUUUACACACAAGUCAUGUCUCAUCACACACCAGAGGACACACUCAGGGGAGAAGCCCUAUGUUUGCAGGGAGUGUGGGCGAGGCUUUACACAGAAGUCACAUCUCAUCAGACACCAGAGAACACACUCUGGGGAGAAGCCCUAUGUUUGCAGGGAGUGUGGGCGAGGAUUUACACACAAGCCAGCUCUCAUCACACACCAGAGAACACACUCUGGGGAGAAGCCCUAUGUUUGCAGGGAGUGUGGGCGAGGAUUUACACAGAAGCCACAUCUCAUCACACACCAGAGGAUACACUCUGGGGAGAAGCCCUAUGUUUGCAGGGAGUGCGGGAGAGGCUUUACACAGAAGUCACAACUCAUCACACACCAGAGGACACACUCUGGGGAGAAACCCUAUGUUUACAGGUGGGGUGAGUGA